AUGUCAAGUGUCAAACCAUUAUUAGAACUAACCAAAGCUCAAAGGAGAGAAUUAAAAAAGGAUACCAUAAAGAUAAGAUUAGCCAGAUUUGGAAGAAAACAUCAACCAACUUAUAAUAUAGUAGUGACAAAUUCAAGAAAAGCUCAACAAAGAUUACCAAUUGAAGUUAUAGGAACUUAUGAUUCAGUACCUGUUAAAUUACCAUGGUCAGAAGAACCUGUUAAAGAUAUAAGUUUAGAUUUUCAUAGAACAAAAUAUUGGUUAGGUAAAGGAGCUGAACCAACUGAAAGAGUAGCAUGGCUUUUGAAAAAAGUUGGUAUAUUACCUCAAUUUUGGCCAAAAGAAAGUUCAAAUACUAAAGAAAUUAUUAGACCAAUUGUCGAAGAUAUAAAAGAAGUUCAAGAAAUACCUGUUGAACUAACAAGAAAAAGAUAA